UUCACAGUGAACAGAGGCCCUACAAGUGUAGCCAAUGUAACAAGUGCUUUAAACAAGCAUCAGUUUUAUACCACCACCUCAGAGUACACAGCGAUGAGAGGCCCUACAAAUGUACUCAGUGUAAAAAGUGUUUUCAGCAAAUCAUCGGAUUUGAAAAGGCACUUGUUGAUACAUAACAAUCAAAGGCCCUUCAAAUGUACUCGGUGUGAGAAGUGUUUCAGACAAUCAGGAGAUUUGAAAAGGCACUUGUUGAUACAUAACAAUCAAAGGCCCUUCAAAUGUACUUUGUGUAAAAAGUGUUUCAGACAAUCAUCAGAUCUGAAAAGGCACUUGUUGAUACAUAACAAUCAAAGGCCCUUCAAAUGUACUCGGUGUAACAAAUGUUUCCGACGCUCAUCUCACUUGCAAUACCAUCAGCGGAUGCACAGUGGAGAAAGACCCUUCAAGUGUAUUCAGUGUGAAAAGUGUUUCAGAUAUUCAUCACACUUAAAAAGUCACUUGUUAAUACAUAAGAAAGAGAGGCCCUUUAAAUGUACUCAGUGUGAAAGGUGUUUCAGACAAUCAUCAAAUUUGAAAAGGCACUUGUUGAUACAUGAUAAUGAGAGUCCCUUUAAAUGUACUCAGUGUGAAAAGUGUUUCAGACAAUCAUCACAUUUAAAAAGGCACUUGUUGAUACAUAACAAUCAAAGGCCCUUCAAAUGUACUCGUUGUAAAAAAUGUUUGAAAUGCUUCUCUCACUUGCAAGACCAUCAGCGGAUACACAGAGGAGAAAGACCCUUCAAGUGUACUCAGUGUGACAAACGUUUCACUCGGAAGCAGACACUGUUUUAUCACAAAAGAAAAUACCAUUCUGAUUCACCGCACGAAUGUGAGUCAUGCGGUAAAUGUUUCAGUGAUGACAAUGCUUUGAAGAGGCACGAUUGCGAGAAACGAUCUGCUAGAGACAAGGAAAGAUUCACUUGCUGGAUGUGUGAUGAAUACUGCUACGAUCAUUGUGGAUAUCUUUAUCACAUGUAUAAACACAUGCAAGGAUAAAUGGAGUUACAAAAGGCUUCUAAAAGAGCCCAAAAAUGAUAAAUAACAGUGGUUUGGAAAAUGACUUAUGAGCAGUGAUACUAACGCGGGGGGUUUACGAGUUAAUGUUCCGUUUGAGUUCGUCCAUGCAGUUUUCCACCCAUUUGUAACGGAACAAUUCUUUGUUUGGUUGUAGUUCUGUUUCAGUUAGUUAGUUGAACACGCCUUUUUACCAUGAUUCAGUCAACACAUAAUUGGUAGAUAGAUAAGGCUUAAUCACGAUGGUGGGCGCAACGAUGUGAUCACAACAUAGUUAACAAUACUGACUCCACUAUACAUAGUAAAUUUGUUUCUAUUUGAGUUGGGAUAUGUAAUUGCAGUGAUAAUUUUGCUUUGUUUAAUUUAGGUGUUGGAUACAGUUACCGUAAACUACCGCUCACUAUAACCCGGCCCUCUUAUAACCCUCCCCAGUUAUAGGCCAUGUAUCCCUAAAAAAAGCAUCCUUUAUAAGCACCCCCCCACCCUCUGCUUUUAUUGAAAUGAAUUCGAUAGUAUGAUGUCAUUUUUGCUUAGCCUAAAUUAAAAACAGAAAAGUCAAAACACGUUUUGAUCAGCACUGCUAUAGCUUCUUUCGAAGCCUUUUUUUACUCCGGAAAUCAAACCCUUCGGAUACAAGCCCCUCUCUUUAUAAGGCCUCCUCCUAACACCCCUUACUAAGCGUCAGGGCUUAUGAGCGGCAGUUUACGGUAAGCUCUCAUUUACUGGUAAUAACAAGAAACGCAUCUCGGAUUUCUCGUAAAAUCUAUUAUGUCUAAUACUCAACAGGUCAACCAGUCUAGGAUACUUAGCCCAAGACCCCGUUUAUACGUGUACGUGCAAAAUUUUAAACGGACGACAAAAACGUGAUUGGAUCCGCCUUUCCUUUACACGGGACCCGGCAUUUUUGACAGGUACGGCCUCGCUUUUGCGUUGACUUACGUGUGAACACCUGAACCGUGCAAGUUUUUUCACUGUUUGUGCGUUAAAGGCCUGGAGCCUAAUUAAGCUCCUUUGAUAAAAAGAGCCAUUCCAAUGCUGAUACUGGCAAACGUUUAUACGGACUCGUGUAAACAGUAACAGACUUUGAACGGUUCCGUGUAAAAGGAUUGCACCGGUUUAAAAGUCCUCUGUUAAAAACUUGUCCAGACCUGUGUAAACGGGGUCCAAUACAUUUCAUUUAUGUUUCGUUGAAGUUGCUGAACAUUGUAUUUUUCCUGAUGCGUGCUUAAAAUUAAAGGACACAGUUAAGUGUUUAUACCGUUGUUACGUUGCUUAAGACUAGGGAGGACAGGGUGGGGUCCAAAUCUCCCCCCUCUCGUACCUUGCAUUUCUGGAUCCCGUCCCUUUUUUUCUUGGCUUUUUUCCUUUGGCUCAUUUUCGACCGCGAAAUGUGAGGCAUUGUUACGUAAUCAUUUCCCUUAUUUAUUCCCCUUCACACCUUUUUAUAAAGUACAAAUAACGGAAGCAAGUUUUGGACCUAGGCUUGGAGGUCGAUCUGAUAGCUGCCCCAAAUUAUGGAAUAUACCAGUUCUAUCAGUCUCUUAAAAUUAAGAACUCGUCUUUUCGAUUUAUUUUUGUCUUUAUUGAUUAUUAGGUUGUACCAGCAAUGUUUUUUUAGGAUUUUGAGAAGAAUGUGAAUGACAUAGCCGGGAGAAUUUCUCGCCAUCUGGUUGGCUAUCAAGGCAAGGUAUUAAAACAGAUUUGCGGCCUCAAACUCCUGAAAGUGAGGCUGGCCCAGUGGCUGAUCCAGACCUUGAGAUAAGGGGGCGGGGGGGUCAUCCAGUCCUUGAGAUAAGGAGGGGCUGGUCUCUUUUUUGAAUUCUGGUCUUAAUUGUAAGAAUUGCCCUUAUGUAUCCAAUCGUUUUCGGGACUCCGGGUUCCUUGAGCUGUAUUCCGUUUUCCAAAGCCCAGGAUUACGGAUUCCACAAGUAAAAAUAUCCCGGAUUCGUUUGCAGCUAGGUUAAGUAAUAAAAGAUAAAGGCUGUCGGGACCAGGCGCUUUAUCAUCCUUUAAAGAUUGCAGUUGUUUUUUGACGCCUUUACAGCUGAAUAUUAAUGGCUCUCAAUAUGAGGGAUAAUGCUCGGCUUAAGAGACGGGAUGUUAUUCAUACCUUCGGACAAACAGACGCGACAGAAUUGGUGUUCAAGGAUUUAGCCCUUGCCAUCGACCUCUAGGUCUGCUACCCCAACCCCCUUGCUUCACACUUUCUUAAUACGGGCCGAACCACAGAACUUUAGGACUUGUUUUACAGGCAUCUACUAGAAACUGAGAUGUAUAUUGGUCCUGAGAUUUUGAUAACGCUUUGUGUAGUUUUUCUAGUGUCUUAAAAGGUUUUUUGCACAAGUCUGUCAUUAAAUGUUUCUUACCUGUGAGACGGUAAGUCCCCUAAAUAUCUCGAGGCCUCAAGCAACUGAUUACAAUGCCUAUAUGUAUUUUUAAUCACAGAAGUGACCAUUUCUUUAGCGCACGUAAACAUGGCGCCUUCUUUGCAGUAACAACUGUGGUUCAAUGAUUUAAAAAGAAAUUUUGCACUGUUUAAGACGGUUUUCAUGUUUCUAGCCUCACCUAGUACCUCACUUAAGAACUCAAUAAAAAAGAAGUAUUUCAGUUUAUUUCAAAUCUUAGCUUCACUGAAAGUGUUUUCGGUAAAAAAGUUAGGCUUGUAUACAUCAUAAUUUAUUUCUUUGCGGCCCUAUCAAGAACAAUGGGUGUCGAAUGAUCAUCGUUUAUUUCUCAGACAAGAAUAAAUUAAGCCACAAUAUAAGUUAUACUGCGGCCCCUCUUCAGUUUCGGCAUGUUGAGGGUUGAGCUGUAUUUUUGGUGUGGUAUAAAUGGCAAUAAACAUACUCUCACAUACAAUGGUACCCAGGGAAUUCAUUCACUUUUCAAUUCUUGAUGGAUUUGCAUCCUCCGAUUUAACCGCUUUUUUGUUGUUGUUGUGUCAGCAAGGAUUGUAGAAUGAUGCCACUAGUACAUAAAAUGAAAGGGCCUGGGCACAAGGAUCGGGCAAAUCCGCCAUUUUGGUUGCAUUGCUGGUCCCAUUGCGACCGUUCCUUCUAUCUCAGCACGCUUAUAUUUAAUCGAUAAUCUGCAUUAGGGAGACUUCGCGAAACUGAACGAAAUUACGGUAAGUAUUCACCGUUUUGUGUUUCUUCCAUCUUUUGUGAGAACUGAAUAUUUCCAGAGGUGACCCCUUAAAAUGACCGAACCCGUCCCGGAACGUUAUCAUUUUUAAAGGUGAAAGGGGCGGCAGCAACUCAGUUUCUAUGAUCACGAUUACAGGUCACUGUUUUCCCCUCAAUCAAAAACAACGUUUUUUAUUUCCGAAGGGAUAAGGGCCAGGAGCUACGCUGUUUAUAUUUCUGACAACUCUUUGGGAUUAUCAGGGAGUCCACCGGCCGGAUAUAGCAGCGAUCUCCCGUUCGGGAUAAAAUAGACUUUUAAGUAUUUUUGUGCUUUAGUUUGAAAUCUAGCCCUUUUUUACCAAAAUAGUAAGUUUUCUGGAGCAUUUUUGCACGUAUUUAGUCACUGAUGUCAAAGACUAUUUUGUGAUGCGAAUUUUAUAUGGCAUGUACUUCAUGUACGACUUCAUAUAGUGUCCUAAGCCAUUCCCAUUGCUUUCUAACCUGCGUUGGGCGGGUCGAUUUUUGGGGUUUUAGAAGGUGGGGGUUUUUUGACAUUAGGGGGGUAGUGCAAGAGAUUCUCAAGAUUUUAGAUCUCCAGAGGUUGGCAUCUCAGUGUUUAUUUAACUGGACCAUGAUGACUGAGCUGUAUGUUGAUCUGUGGAAUGUUACAUGUAAGCUGACACUAAACAAACACUCCUAUAAUUGCGUGUCUCGCACGUUUUUCUACUAGCUAAACACAUUUUUAACAGUUACAUCAUGGGUAGCAUAGACAUACUGCAGGUCGAUGACAAUACAUUAUAGAUUGACAAAAGCAUCGGAGCUGGAGAGUCGACUAUUUAUAUAAAUAUGACUAAAGAGAAGUAAAAAAUAUCUCAUAGUCCCAGUAAAUAAUAAAUAUUGUUUUACGAUCUUAUCAUUGUCUAUUCAUUUGUGCUGGUUUAUUUACAACUCUCCUCUUUCCUCUGUUUGUCAUCAAAUUCGUUCUGUGACCUUAUGUGCCUUUCAUCCUAAGCUUGUAUCAGUGGAUCAGAAUGGCAUUUUGUCGAGUUUGUGUUACUUCCAGGUACAAAACUCGACAAAAUGCUACUUAACUCAGCCAGAAACGACAAGGUGAUUUCAAUUUUUAGGCUCCAUUUUUUCUGAUCGAUUCACUGAUGCAAGCUUUGGAUAAAGCUGUACUUGAGAACAAAACCGACAUCGAAUUUGAUGAGAAUCAAACUGAGAAAAUUUUAGUUAAAUGUUAACCAGGAUAGAUUGAUAGACUGAAUGAUAUAAUGGAAAAGGAAUAUUUAUUUGGAACUCUUACAAAUUAUUUUUUUAGUCGAACACACAUAUAGUUGACUCUCCAACUUCCAAAAAUUCGGCAUUUUGUCAGGUAACCCACACAACCAACCGGUAGAACCCCCCCAAAAAUGUCGCCGUUCAAAACUCAAUCGAAGCCUUCUGUUUUUCUUGCUUUUAAAUUGCCAGACAUGGCCGCAGAGAAGAGGACUCGAGGAAAGUCGUUCAAAUGCAGCCAACACCUCAAAGUACACAGUGAUGAGAGGCCCUACAAGUGUACUGUCUGUAAAAAUUGUUUCCGACAAUCAUCCCACUUACAAGACCAUCUGCGGAUACACAGUGGAGAAAAACCCUACAAAUGUACUCAGUGUGACAAGUGUUUCAGACGGUCAACAGAUUUGACAAGGCACUUGUUUUAUACAUACUAAUGAAAGGCCCUUCAAAUGUCCUCGGUGCAAAAAAUGUUUCCGAAGGUCAUAUCACUUGCAACACCAUCUACGGAUGCACAGUGGAGAAAAACCCUACAAAUGCACUCGGUGUGAAAAGUGUUUCAGACAUUCUUCAGGAUUAAUGUAUCACCGCAGGGUACACAACGGAGAAAAACCGUUCAAGUGCAGUCAUUGUGACAAGUGUUUCAGACAUUCUUCCGGUUUAAACUAUCACCUUGGGGUACACAACGGAGUAAAACCCCACAAAUGUAGUCGGUGUGACAAGUGUUUCAGACAAUCAUCAGAUUUGAAAAGACACUUGUUAAUACAUAGUAAUGAAAGGCCCUUUAAAUGUACUCAGUGUGAAAAGUGUUUCAGAAAGUCUUCUCACUUGCAAGACCAUCUGCGGAUACACAGUGGAGAAAGACCUUUCAAGUGUACUCAGUGUGAAAAGUCUUUCAUACGGUCAUCACACUUGAAAAGACACAUGUUAAUACAUACCAAUGAAACGCCCUUUAAAUGCACUCGGUGUAAAAAAUAUUUCCGAAGCUCAUCUCACUUGCAAAUCCAUCUGCGGAUACACAGAGGAGAAAGACCCUUCAAGUGUACUCAGUGUGACAAAUGUUUCACCCGGAAACAGACAUUGUUUUAUCACAAAAGAAAAUUCCAUUCUGAUUCACCG